UCUUCUUCACCUUUAUUAUCUCUACUAAAUAAACCAUAACUCAUCUCUUCUUCAAAAAGCUUUCACCAUGGCUGAAGCUAUUCUCUUCAACCUUACUGCAGAAAUCAUAUUCAAAUUGGGCUCUUCAGCACUCCGACAGUUUGGAUCUCUGUGGGGCGGUGUCAAUCCUGAACUUGACAAACUCCAACACUCUCUUUCUGCCAUUCAAGCCGUUCUUCACGACGCAGAGGAGAAGCAGUUCAAGGACCAUGCGGUCAAGCUUUGGGUUUCAAGGCUUAAGGAUGUUUUGUACGAGAUUGAUGACUUGAUCGACGAGUCCUCUUACGAAACCUUGAGAAGGCAAGUUCUGGCCAAACACCGAAGAUACAGAAAACAAGUACGUAUCCUCUUCUCCAAAUUUAAAUCUAAUUGGAAAAUAGGCCACAAAAUCAAGGAAAUUAGGGAGAGGCUACAAGCUAUUAAUGACGAUAAAAAUCAAUUUGGCUUUUGUAAGAAUGUGAUAGAGAGAAGAGUCGAAGGGUUGAGAAAGAGACGGGAGACUCACUCUUUUAUACCUGAAGACGAAGUGGUUGGUAGGAAUGAUGACAAGGAAGCAGUCAUAGAUCUUCUACUAAAUUCCAACACCAAAGAGGAUAUUGCAAUAGUUUCCAUUGUUGGAACGGGAGGAUUGGGAAAGACUGCCCUUGUCCAAUCUAUUUAUAACCAUAAGAGGAUAAUGACUCAAUUUCAGUUGAAACUAUGGGUGUGUGUUUCUGACGAAUUUGAUCUGAAAAUUAUUAUCCAAAAGAUAAUAGAAUCUGCAACCAAAGAGGAGCCUAAAUCAUUCCUUCAAAUUGAUCCAUUACAAUGUGAGCUUAGAAAGCAAAUUGUUGGAAAGAAAUAUUUGCUCGUCAUGGAUGAUGUCUGGAAUGAGAAAAAAGAGGAAUGGUUACAUCUAAAAAGAUUCUUGAUGGGUGGUGCAAAGGGCAGUAGGAUUUUGAUCACAACACGUAGUGCACAGAUGACAGGUUUGGAAGAAUGUUCAAAUAAUCAAGAGGCCGAGCUUGAUCAAAGGAAUUCAAACUUGAUCCAAAUCGGCAAGGAGAUUUUGUCAAGGUUAAAAGGCAUUCCGCUCGUAAUAAGAACCAUUGGAGGACUUUUAAAAGAUAAUAAAUCAGAAAGAUUUUGGCUGUCUUUCAAGGAUAAGGAACUUUAUCAAGUUUUGGGGCAAGGACAAGAUGCUCUAAAAGAAUUGCAAUUGAUUCUUGAGCUUAGCUAUAAAUAUCUCCCCGCUAACUUGAAGCGAUGUUUCUUAUAUUGUGCUUUGUUUCCCAAAGAUUGUAAACUUCCAAAGAAUGAACUUAUACUAUUAUGGAGGGCACAAGGUUUCAUUCAACCAAAUGGAAACAAUGACGACGAUAAUUACCUCGUUGAUAUUGGUGAUGAUUAUUUCAUGGAGUUAUUAUCGAGGUCAUUUUUUCAAGAGGUUGAAAAAAAUGAUUUUGGAGACAUAAUAGCAUGUAAGAUGCAUGAUUUGAUGCAUGAUCUUGCUUGUUCGAUAACAAAUAAUGAAUGUGUGAGUGGCCUAAAGGGGAAUGUCAUUGACAAAAAAGCUCUUCACAUUUUUUUGGAAGAAGAUAGUCUUGAAAAUCAACUUAUGAGACCAUUAUCUAAGGCAACACAUUUGAGGACUUUUUUUAGUCAAGAUGCAGUUGGUUCACAAUGGAACUUGGAAGAAACCUUCCACCAUAUUUUUCGACUGCGAACAUUACAUUUAGAUCGGUAUGAUCAAAUCCCAAAUGCAAAGCCUUUGGAGUUUAUUGGUAAGUUGAAACAUUUGAGAUUUUUAAGAAUUAGAAAUUCAUAUAAUAUUACAUAUCUUCCAGAUUUCAUUAUGAACUUGUAUAAUUUAGAAACAUUCAUCUUUCGAAACUCGAGAUUAAAAAUUCUACCCAAUGAUGUAGGAAACUUGAUCAACCUUAAGCAUUUGGAUCUAUCUUUUAAUCAUAAAUUAGAAUUCCUUCCAGAUUCUAUUACUGAGUUGUGUAAGUUGGAAGCACUUAUCCUUAAGGGUUGUGAUAAAUUAAAAGGAUUGCCGAAAGAUAUCAAAAGUUGCAACAAUCUUAGGCAACUUGAUCUUUCUGACAAUGAAAGUAUAGAAUUCCUUCCCGAUUCUAUUACUGAUUUGAGUAAGUUGGAAGAACUUAUCCUUAAACGUUGUCAUAAAUUAAAAAGAUUGCCGAAAGAUAUCAAAAAGUGCAACAAUCUUAGGCAACUUGAUCUUUCUGACAAUGAGAGUAUAGAAUUCCUUCCCGAUUCUAUUACUAAUUUGUGUAAGUUGGCAGCACUUAUCCUUAAGGGUUGUGAUAAAUUAAAUGAAUUGCCAGAAUAUGCUAAAAGGUUGAUCAAGCUUAAGCAUCUUGAUUUGGACAGAUGUUCGAGUCUCACUCAUAUGCCAGAAGGAUUAAGUGAGCUUAUUGAUCUUCAAACAAUGAAUAGAUUUGUGUUGGGAAAGAAUAAGGGCGGUGAAUUAAAGGAGUUGGAUGGGCUGACCAAAUUAAGAGGAAAAUUGAGCAUUGAACAUUUGGAAUUUUGCACCAGUAUUGUUGAUCGACAAAUGAAGGGUAAGUUCUUGCAACUAAAAUCUGGUCUUCAAGAGUUAACGUUAAAUUGGAGGAAACGUACAAUUGGCGAUGAUCGGUUGGAGGAUAUGAUCUAUGAAAGUGUUUUAGAUUGCUUACAACCACAUUCAAAUCUUCAAGAGAUAUGUAUUGAUGGAUAUUAUGGAGUGAAUUUAUGUAAUUGGGUAUCCUCUAAGUUCCUUGGUUGUCUUGUCACUAUACGUCUUUAUAACUGUGAAAGAUUACGACAUCUCCCCAGAUUUGAUCAAUUUCCUAAUCUCAAGCAUCUUGAGCUUCUAGACUUAUCCAACAUCGAGUACAUUAUUGUGAACAAUGAUGAUUCUGUUUCUUCAUCAACAAUUUUUUCAUCCCUAGAGAAAUUAAAGAUUUCGAACAUGCCUAAGUUGGUGAGCUGGUGCAAGGGUACAACCUCAAAAUCUCCUAUAAUAAUAUUUCCUUACCUUUCUAGUUUGAUGAUUUAUGGUCGUUGCCCACUACAUAUGUUGAAGUUUUGGCAUGCACCCAAUUUGAAUUUGUUGCAAAUUAGUGAUUCAGAGGAUGAGUUGAAUGUUGUACCAUUGAAAAAUUAUGAAAACCUCACUUCUCUAUAUCUUUCCAAGUUGAGUAAAUUGGAGUACUUGCCUGAGAGUUGGCAACAUUACAUGACAUCUCUACAACUUCUUUCUUUGAGCAGUUGUGAAAAUCUAAAGAGCCUACCAGAAUGGAUUGACAGUCUUACGUCACUCAAUGAAUUGAAUAUUUUCAAUUGUGAAAACCUAACUUUGCUACCGGAAGAAAUUCGACACAUCCAUAAUUUACAAUACUUAAAAAUUCAAGAUUGUCCCAUAUUGGUAGAAAAGUGCAAGAAAAACACAGGAGAAGAAUGGCCUAAAAUCGCCCAUGUCCCAAACUUAGGCAUUUCAUCAUGAAUCCAUUAAUUUCUUCAUGAUUCAGGUAUGCAGAAUCGAAUUUCUAUCAUUAUUUUUUUUUUGCAUAUAUAUAUUACUCUUUGAAAAAGCAAUGUAUAUAUAUAUAGUUUCAUUUUAAUUUCUUUUACGUAAGACUAUAUAACUAAUACAACAUUGUCUCACACAAAAGUAUAAAUGGUUGUUUAGGUUUUGGACACCAAUACUCUCAACUUUAAAACAUUAAUAACUAUUUAUUAUAAAACAA